CGGUGAACAGGGGGCUGGGGUAUCCGUGCACGCGCACGCGGGCCGGGGUCGCGAGCCCAGGCGUGCCCGAGCCGGCAGGCAGGCCCCGCCCCGUGUGGGCCCGCGGGUUUCACUCGCGCUCUCCCUCAUUCUGACGGCCUGUUCCCCUUCUCUCUCUCUGUGUCUCUGCAGCAUGGCCGACUACCUCAUCAGCGGCGGUACCGGCUAUGUGCCCGAGGACGGUCUCACCGCGCAGAUACUGUUCGCCUCCUCCGACGGACUCACCUACAAUGACUUCCUGAUUCUUCCUGGUUUUAUUGACUUCGCUGCUGAUGAAGUGGACCUGACUUCAGCUCUGACCAAGAAAAUUACCCUGAAGACUCCUCUUGUCUCCUCUCCUAUGGACACCGUGACAGAAUCUAGCAUGGCGAUUGCUAUGGGGUUAAUGGGUGGAAUUGGCUUCAUCCACCAUAACUGUACCCCAGAGUUUCAAGCUAAUGAGGUUCGGAAAGUUAAGAAGUUCGAGCAGGGCUUCAUCACUGACCCAGUGGUGAUGAGCCUCCACCACACAGUUGGUGACGUAUUCGAAGCAAAAUUACGGCAUGGCUUCUCAGGAAUCCCAGUCACAGAAACAGGAAAGAUGGGAAGCAAGCUAAUGGGGAUUGUCACCUCGCGGGAUAUUGACUUCCUAUCAGAGAAGGAUUAUGACACGGCCCUGAAUGAGGUGAUGACAAAGCGGGAAGAUCUGGUUGUUGCUCCAGCUGGUGUAACACUCAAGGAAGCCAAUGAAAUUUUACAACGCAGCAAAAAAGGGAAGUUGCUGAUUGUUAAUGACAUGGAUGAGCUGGUCUCCAUAAUUGCACGGACAGACCUAAAGAAGAACCGCGAUUACCCGCUGGCCUCGAAAGACUCGAGGAAGCAGCUGCUCUGUGGUGCAGCUAUUGGAACACGAGAGGAUGAUAAAUACCGGCUAGACCUCUUGAUGCAGGCUGGGGUGGAUGUUGUUGUGUUGGAUUCAUCCCAAGGAAACUCUGUCUUCCAGAUAAAUAUGAUCCGUUACAUUAAACAGAAGUACCCAGAGUUGCAGGUUGUUGGUGGAAAUGUGGUGACUGCAGCACAAGCCAAGAAUCUGAUUGAUGCGGGAGUGGACGCUUUACGGGUCGGCAUGGGCUGUGGCUCAAUCUGCAUCACUCAGGAAGUUAUGGCAUGUGGCAGACCUCAGGGGACCGCAGUAUACAAAGUGGCAGAGUAUGCUCGCCGAUUUGGGGUGCCAGUCAUUGCUGAUGGUGGAAUUCAGACAGUUGGACAUGUGGUGAAAGCUCUGGCUUUAGGCGCUUCAACGGUGAUGAUGGGUUCAUUACUAGCUGCAACCACAGAGGCCCCGGGUGAGUACUUCUUCUCAGAUGGCGUUAGGUUGAAGAAAUACCGUGGCAUGGGAUCCUUGGAUGCAAUGGAGAAAAACACAAACAGUCAGAAACGUUACUUCAGUGAAGGUGAUAAAGUGAAAGUGGCCCAGGGAGUGUCAGGAUCAAUUCAAGACAAGGGUUCAAUCCAGAAAUUUGCACCUUACCUGAUUGCAGGGAUUCAGCAUGGUUGCCAGGACAUCGGAGCCAAGAGUCUUUCCAUCCUAAGGUCAAUGAUGUACUCGGGUGAAUUGAAGUUUGAAAAAAGAACCAUCUCCGCUCAGUUACGAGAAGCGGCUUUACUGAAGAAGGAGGUGUUGCCCACCAGGCUGUGGCUCCCAACGUUCCCUCCCCAUUGGCCGUUAAACCUCUCAGGCGUCCCUGACCACCUUCCUAUGUCCCUCACGCAGAGGCAACAGCCCCGCUCCAUGCCUCCUGGCUUGUGAUGCACAAUUCCUUUAUCUUUGAUUUUGGAUUUUUGUUACUUGGAGCCGUGAAGAAUGUAGCAAGAGGAAAAGCAGCAAUAUCACCACUGCACCCAGAGAAAAUGCGCGAGUUCUCAAUGUUAUUUACUCUGUCUUUUCCCAUGGCCAGGAAAUGAGCCUGAUAUAUAGCUAUUUAUAGCAAGAUUUCACUGAGUUUCACUGAACAGACUUGAACUGCAACUUCCUUUUUUGUCGCCAGAAGUAUUCGUAUUUUUGUUUAAAAUGUAUGGAGGGGGUUGCGAAGAAAUCAGAUUCUUUCUCCGUUCCCAAAAAAAGUGUCACUAAGAAAUGGAAGCAGUGAGAUCCUAGUUUACAUGAUUACAUUCCCAAUGUUGCAUACAUGACAUUUGAUACAGUUCUGCAAUGGAUGGAAGCGAUUUAAUUUUUUUUCUCCUUUUUCAACUAGCUCCCUGACCUAUGGGAGAAAGUGAGAAUGUUGUGUUAGGGUCUAGAAUACGCUGGGAGGCAGUUUUUGCUGUUCAAAUGCCCAGGGCAGGCUGACCCUAUUGAAGUCCCACUUCCUUGGAUCAGGGAGAGUUGUGGACACUGCUUUGGAACUGCUCUCAUCACCAAAGGAAGUGUGAACUUAUCCUGGGAUGGCUCUAAACAGUAUCUCAUGGGUAAUGUCCCAGUUCUGUUUGAGGUAUGGGAAAUUCCUAUAAAAAUAACUGUUCUGAAUAAAGUUCACCUCUUUCCAAUUUCAGCAUAUGAAAGCUGUUUUCCACUUCAACCCCUUGCUCCACUAAGCAAUCCAAAUCCAGUUCCAUGUCUACAGAUGAAAGUUGAGAUCCUUUUAAGUUUGUUACCGCAAGUGUAUACUCAGCAGAGCUAAAUGUGGAUUAGAAAUGCUUCUGCCACUUCCUGUUGAGUGAAACUUGUUGCGAAAUCUGACAAUGAUGCCUGUAAAGAAUGAAAUUUAAUAAAGCAAUUUGGUUUUAAGGAA